AUGGCGAAUCCAGAAACCACCACCACCACUGGCACGGUCUCAGCCGCCGCCUCUCAUCAUGUUCCCCACUACCAAAUGCAACAACAAGAACAACCGAAUUAUCUAUUCUGUGGGAUGCAGCCACGGAAUCCACCACCACAGCCGCGGAUGUUUUCCGAGUACAGCCAGUCCAGAGAGAGGUCGGCGAUGGUGACGGCGUUGACGCAUGUCAUAUCUGGGCGGAGAUGCGGUGGAGAUUCUGAGGAUACUUAUUCGUCUAAUUUGCCUUCAUUUUCUGGCCAUAAGAGAAGACGUGAUGCAGAAGAUAUUGUUCCAGAACAAUUUCACAGCGUUCAUCGAGGCUUCGGAGAAUCAUCUUCUUCUUCUAUCAAAUCUGAGAUAGAUGCAAGAACUAGUAUUACAAGACCUAAGGCAAGGCCCACCGCCACCUAUAACGCCUCCGCUUCCGCCACCUCCGCGGCUGAGCAAGUUCCACAAACAGAAGUGUCUGUUGGUUCACAUGAAGAAACAGGAGAGACAAGAAGAAGGUACAGAGGAGUUAGACAGAGGCCAUGGGGUAAAUGGGCAGCAGAAAUAAGGGAUCCCCACAAAGCCGCCAGAGUCUGGUUAGGAACAUUUGAGACGGCGGAGGCCGCCGCCAGAGCAUAUGAUGAAGCCGCCCUGAGAUUCAGAGGCAACAGAGCAAAACUCAAUUUCCCUGAAAAUGUGAUGAAUUUGCCACCACACCAUUUCUCACAGUCCACACAGUUCGCCAUUCCUGUCACCACAUCACCACCUAUCACCGUCACUCCUCCGCCACUGACGGUGGCAGUUCCUCCAGCAUUCAUGCAAUCACAGCCUUCCCAAAUCCCUGAUAACAGUUUCUGGGAUUAUUGGCAAUACUCGCAAUUACUUCAAAGCAGUGAUGAUUUCCCCAUGAAUUCGUGGGAUCAGAUGUUUUAUGCUUCUUCUGCAUCAUCUUCCGGUGGACAACCAGUUAAUUUCCGGCCACAAGGAAAUCAAUCGACUGGCACAAGUUUUCCUGCAUCAGCAUGGACCAGUUCUAGCCAAUAUCCUCCUCCCUCCUCUUCUUGA